UAUUGAUUGGCCAGUUAAAAAUAACCAAUGGACAGUGAGAGAGCCCCUUAAAACAUUCUUUUCCAGCGGGCAGUAUCAUUCUGCCUUAUAAUUUUAUAGAUAAGGGAAUAAAAGCUGGAAAAAAGAGGAUCUAAUCUUUCUUAUCACCCUUUUAUAGAACACAGAAGUAUGCGUCUUGAAACAGUGUUAUUCGCACUUGCUAUGGCAACUUUGACCACUGUCACGGAAGGACACCCUAGGUUUACUUGGUGGCAAAAUUUCUUAUGUUCCCACUGGUAUAAAUUGCCAUGGAUACAAAACGGCAUAACACCAGAACCAACAGAACGAAUUUCACAGAUAAGAACUCUGGUUAGAUCUUGCCGAGCCGACGUUGGCACAUGUCCAGUGGGUUCCUGUUCAACUAAAACUAAAUAUUUCAACUUUUGUCCUGAAGACGGCUACGUGUGCCCCGAAUCAGAGACACGAACUGCAGACUGUGGCUUUUUUGGAGAGAGAACGUACGAAUAUGUCAAACAAUGUGGAUGCUGUAAGGACAAUGGUGUCUUUGUGACAGGUGUUGUUAAAGACGCAGACACCAAUGAACCACUAAGUAAAAUAAUUGUUUAUUUUGACGGCAGAUUCGUUGUCUACACGGGAGAAGAUGGUCAGUUUAAAUCGACCAUAAAGUCGAGUGUACGAUCUAUUGUGGUAACGACAAAUGACACGAGUAGAAAUUACAUGUCUGCUGUCAAAAUUGUUGAUAUACCGGAAGGUUUUAGAGGCCCAGUAGAAGUUGAACUAUUAGCUAUACAAAAAUCUAAACCUGUUGAAAUUAACUCAACGGUUGAUACAGUGCUUUCUCUUUCCAAUGAUCCACUAGAUCCAAGUGCUGGUAAUACUGUUAUUGAAAUUCAAGCCAAUUCGUUUACUGAUCCCCAGGGUAGAUCUUACAACGGAAAAGUAAAUGCCCGCGUUACAUUCAUUGACACUGCUGGCAACCCAGACGCAGUUGCCCCUGGUCGAUUCCAAACCUUAGAUGGAGAUACGAUAGAACCUCUCAUCACCGACGGAGUUGCUUCAUUUAAUUUCGAAAGCACUGGCGGAAAAGUUAUUACACUGUCUGCGCCCGUGAAGUUCACCGGAAGAAAAGGUAUGAAAGUUUGGGAACUAAAUACGAGAACAGGUUUAUGGGAACCUGCAAGGGUUGUUCAGGGUAGAAGGAAACGUCAGGUUACUCUUGAUGACAUAAUCAACAUUGAAAGCGAUCGAUGGUACAACAUUGAUAAGAUCCCUGGUGCCCCUAGGUGCUAUUUCAAAGGUAGAAUCUUCAGCGAAACUAGUGGAGACGAGAUCAUGAGUAGUGCUACUACGUCAUUUAGACCAGAAAUAGCUGCCUACACCUCUAUUGGACAACGUCUCCGAUUGUACGCUGGCUUUACAAGUGAACCAAAUACUACCUGCUACGAGGUAAGAUGUCCUGUUGUCAGCAAUCCAAACAGUUCUCUGGCUGGGUUCAUUAACAUGUCUGCUACAGAAGUUAUUUUGUUUGGAGGGAUAAAUUUACCGUCCAAAACUUACCUAACUCCGAGAGAAUUCAUUGAUUAUGAUGCCGUCAUAAAACCAAAGCUGUCUUCCGUGCAAUAUGAAAUUGCACCAAAUAACCUUGACGUUUUCGUUAACUUUGUUUCCGACAAUGCCGGCCCAUUUUAUGGGAACAGAAAUGCUUGCGAAAGCUCGAGUGUGACACAGCCUGCAUUGCAUUUCUUAAAACCAGAACCACCAAAUUACGAACCUGCUCCAGAUGUUGAUAAAAUUUGUACGGCAAGGAUCGCUUUCAAGGGAGGAUACUUUUUUUAUUACGCAUUGAAUUUAACAAACUUACCAAAUGUAACGGGAAUAAGCGUAUGGGAACAGAAUGGCACAAAAUCGUACUUUAUUGAUGAUGCUCAGAUGGAAUUUUCAACGGAUGGGAACGAAACAUUUAUAUUCAUAUGUCUAAAGUAUCGAUGUAGUCAAGAAAACGAAUCUACCACCGUUUACCUCGAUAUAGAUAUUUCUACAGUCAACGUAACGUACUUUGGUUGCUAUGGAGAUAGCGCUGAAGGAUCUGAAUUUUCUGGACAGGAAGGCGGUGAUAAUGUAACAACUAUUGAAGGAUCAUUCGUUGCCCCAUUCGUCGCAUCAGGACCAGACUUCUACGAUUCGGAGACUAACGUCUGCAGACAAGAGUCGGACCAUGAAACAUUUGCAUAUGUAUUUUAUUGCUAUAGCUAUUACGAAUACGAAUACUAUUUAUAAAAAGCAUAAAACAUAUUACAAUGUUUAUAGCCAGUAUAAGUAUACAAUACAGUGAGAAAAUGACAGAUUCACCAUUUUCUGAAGAGUACAUUAGUCAACUGGAACAUUACAGACAUAAAUAAUGUUCAAGGGUAAUUCUUUCAGAUAACUUUUUUUCAAGUGACACGUUUCUUAUUUGCAAAGUAUAAAAAUAUAAAAAAAAACGUGCGAACAGUUUUCUUGGAUUUUGACGACAAAUGAUUAUCCAGUUUAGACACAGACGGCUAAUGACAAUAAUAUGGUUUAUUUUAUUUUAUUUUAUUCUCCGAUCCCUAUAAUUAAUUUGGACAAACAAGCAAAAGUGGUAUUCUGUAUCGAUUUGUUUUAUAUUACAAGAUUUGCAUAACGUCUGUUCGCCCGGUAUAUUGUCGUACCACCCUGUUUCAAUAUAAAGACUAUGCGAAGAUCUUCUAAAUCUAGCUAAAGCUAUUCUAUAAUUAUUUGCUUGUACUAAAUCUAAAUAGUUUUCUAAUUCAAAGUUAUGUUUGAAUAUACAAUAUGUUUGUUAUCGAGCCGAGUUAUUAAUCUCAGUAUACCAUUUUUGAAAAAAAAUGUGUCUAUUAUUUGAUACGGUUAAGAGGUAUUUGAAUGUUAAACUGAUUAUCCCAGAUGUACAUAAAACAAUGACUUGACAAAAUAUCCUUUAUAGAAAAAACAACAACAAUUUUUGUUGCCGUAAGUGCAACCAGCAUCUGCGUCAGACUUGAGAAGUAAGUAAGACUGUUUAACUAGAGAGUUAUCAUUUUGUUUAAGUAAAUUUGUCCAAUAUCUAAGCAUAUUGAAUUUGAGGAAAAUAUGUAUUGGAACACACCUAAUUUGCCACAAAGUGCUGCUAGGUUUGUAGACUUUUCUGAUUAAUUGGUAAAUCUAUAUGUUGCUAAACGUAAAAGCUUAUGCAGUGCAAA